CAAAGGGGGCUAGCGAUUAUCAACAUGUUUUUAAUGUUCCAUUCGUGCGCGAGUGAGCUUGUGCCCUGACGCAAUUUUUCCUCCCCUUUGCUAUGAUCGCGCGAUGCCGUUAUUAAUGCAACAUCUCCUUCUCAUUUAAGAUUAUUUCAUUUUGCCCCCACUUAUUAUUAAAGACCAUCGACAAGCGCGGUGAUUCGAUUAAGAAGAAAAAGAGAAACGCUAAUUCUCUCCUUCCAUCUACUUAUUGCCCUCUCUUAUACGCUUCGUUGAUAAAUAAAAUAUUAACCGAGCACUUAAUUCGAGCACGCUGCAUUGUGAUCAAGCUACCGAAUCAACAAUCAGUGAAUCAGCGAACGAACGAAUAAGCGAGCAUUCUACACGAAUAGAAAAAAAAUACUUUUUUUUUUCUAUUCAGCAACACUUCAUAAUCACUGUAACAGUGUGUGCAAUUCGUCAAAUUUAACAAUACUUUAGGAGAUCCGAGCUUUUCUGAUCGACUUUUCCAUUUUUCUCGUCAACGAUCGCCCAUCGUGAAAACCAGUGACUUAAUACAGACGGUAUACGGCUUAUUUCAUUUUCUAAUCUCUUUUGGACGAGACCCUUGUCUGGGGUAUGCGUGCCUAAAAAACGCGCGUGAAAAAAUUCGAAUUUUCAUCCACAUAGAAUGAGCUGCGUGGAUACUCAGGGCAGCAUAAACGAGCAGCAACAAUCGUGCAUUUUCUGUUGAUCCUCUCUCUGCACACGUCUGUCAAAUAUUCAAGUCAACAUGGUUCUGCGGCGCAAAAUUUUAUCCUUUGGAAAUUUUGUUAAUCAACUGCAACAGAAUAUAAAGUGGAGCUCUUCUUUAAGAACUAAAGACAAAAAUUCUGUACAACCACAGCGUUCUUUCAAGUAUACAGAUUUAUCAGUCCAUCUUGCUGGCCCAGAUCAAUUAAAUUCUAAACCUGAUGUUAAAGAACUUUUAUUUGGCAAAUAUUUUACCGAUCACAUGCUUAAAAUACAUUAUUACGAAAACUUGAAUGGUUGGCAAGCGCCAAAAAUUAUGCCUUUUGGAAACAUAACUCUUCAUCCAGCUGCAAAAGUACUUCAUUAUGCCAUAGAAUUGUUUGAAGGUAUGAAAGCUUACAGAGGUGUUGAUGGCAAAAUAAGAUUGUUUAGACCAGAGCUAAAUAUGGAGAGAAUGAACAAUUCGGCAGCGAGAAUUGGUCUGCCUUCUUUCAGUGGUGAAGAAUUAAUUAAGUGCAUUAGCAGAUUGAUUAGUAUAGAUCAAGAAUGGGUACCACAUUCUACCGCCUCUAGUCUUUACAUUCGUCCUACGUUUAUAGGUAUUGAUCCUACACUUGGAGUUGUAGUUUCGGACGCGGCUUUACUGUAUGUUAUUAUGUCUCCCGUCGGAUCUUACUUUAACCACUCUGAAACAAAGCAGCAAGGGAUUUCCCUGCUUGCAGAUCCUAGGUAUACAAGAGCAUGGCCGGGCGGUUGCGGCAACUCUAAAUUAGGCAGCAAUUACGGACCUACGAUUCAUGUGCAACAGGAAGCAAAUGAAAAAGGCUUACACCAAGUACUUUGGCUAUAUGGAGAAAAUCAUGAACUAACAGAAAUCGGCUCUAUGAAUAUUUUCAUAGUUUACAUAAAUGAUAACGGAGAAAGAGAAUUGCUCACACCGCCCUUAAAUGGCUUAAUCUUACCCGGAGUUGUGAGAAACUCACUUCUAAGUAUAACAAGGCAAUGGAACCAAUUUAGAGUUUCGGAGAGAUCCAUCACCAUGAAAGAAAUUAUACGAUUACUUUCAGAGAACAGACUGUUGGAAAUUUUUGGAGCAGGCACAGCAGGCAUAAUCAGUCCCGUAUCUCGUAUUGAAUUUCUGGGACAAGAGUUGUAUAUACCGACGUUGAAUCAAUCCGAACCAAUUUAUCAAAUGCUCAGAAAACAUUUACUGGAUAUACAGUACGGUGUUAUACCUGAACAUCCAUGGUGUUUAAUCGUCGAAUAAAGUAUGAGCGACAAAAAUUGCAUGCAAAAUUAUUUGAUUUUUUCGAACUAUAUAUUGAACAUUAUAUUUAUAAAACAUAUGGCAUCUUUAUAAUAUGAUACGCGGAAUAUUAGUUAAAUUAUAAUAUUUAUUUAUAUUUACGAAAUAUUAUAUAUCGCGUACGCUUCUAUAUGAAGAAAGCCUUAUUCUAUGCCUUCUAUUUUUACUUUGAAUUUGUAUUGUAUGUUUUAGAACUCUUUAUUUGAAUUAUUAUAUUGUAAAGAAACAUUAUUAAACAGAUUCUUUUUCUACAAAAAAAAGAUAAUCACAUGUAAAUUUUAUACAUAAUGUUACGUAGUUAAUUAUUAUAUAUAGAGAUACAUAUACUAU